AUGGUAGUCGCCACGUUGUACACGUGGCAGGCCGACCCCCUCUUCCUAGCGGCUGAGGAGGUGCAAGACUCAGCCGACAGGCUGCAGUCGAGCUUCCACCAAUGGCAGCUUCUCCUCCAGCGCCGGGAAUGCGGAGACGAACCGGCCACGUGGCAAACUCACCCAGAAAACGACAACGACGGCGACUCCAUCUGGCCGGUGCGGUCCGGCGACGACGAGGACGUGGUGGUAGUGACCGUUGAUCAGCAAGUCGACGAGGAAGGAGUGCGACUCGUGAUGCUCUGCGCGUGCGACACGCUCCGCUGGCAGCUCGAAGCCUUCGAGCGCGCGGCGCGAGACGACGAGUGGCGCGCCGAGGCGCUUGGCCAGGCGCCGUCCAGCGUGAACGAAACGCGCGAGCGGCGCCGCCAGUUCGUCUCCGCAAUUCGCGCGCAGCUGCAGCAGGUGCAAGCCGUCAUUCGCCCCGCGAUCGGCGCCGCCUCGCCCGCCGCAGAUGCCGCCGUCGCGUCCGGGUCUUCGGUCGGAAGCAGUAGCGCGGUUAGCGGAGUGGAUUCCGGCGGGAUAACAGUCGCUUUUCCGUCCGCUUUGGCAGCGGCCGCUUCUAACGCCUCCAGCCGAGCAGCAGCAGCAGCAGCAGAAGCAGUUGCUCCGAUCGGAACAAAUGGUAACCUUGCUCUAGUCUCCCCAUCCCCUCCGUCGUCUUUCCGUGCCACUGACGUAAGCAGCGGCAGCGGCAUCGACAGCUCAUUGGACAGCCGCCUCGCGGCCCCAACCAGGGCCCUAGACGGCAGCGGCGAUGCUGACGUGGCAUCCGAUAAUUGGCUGCGGGUCCGGCAGGAUGCGAUUAGGGUUUCACUCAGUGAUGAAGAGGAGGAUAUCGCCAGCCUUAGCGCAUUUGCUAAUAACGGGUCCCCUGGGGCGUUUGAGACGUCACAAAAAGCAUUUGGCGGUGAGUUAGGCGGGUCACAUUCAAGCCAAUCGCAGCUGGGCGGGUCGCGAUUAGGUCGUGAGCACUCCGACUCGGAGCACGCACCACUAUUCGGGGGAGGCGCAACCGGGGGCGCAGGCAACUCCGGCGGAUUUGGCCCGGAAACGGGCGCGAAAGCCGGUUGUAGCAGUGGAAGCAGAGGCGGGUGGUGGGGGCAGCAUCAGCAGCGGCGGUGGCGGCGUGGGCGACAGCAGCAGCAACAACCGACGUGGCAGUGCCUGGUGUAUUGGUUAAAGCAGAUUCAAAGACCUGGGGAGGGUGGAGCAGGUGGGGCAGCAGGAGGUGUAGCGGCGGGGGGUGCUGGUGGCGGUUGGUAUGGCGAGAAGGAGAAGAUGGGCGCGGGGAGGCUGCUGCUCGACGGGCGUAUGGACAUGGCCGAAAUGGAACUGGGUCUAUUGCAAUUGAACAACAGCCAGGUCGCUCAAAUGAACGCCCAUUGGCCGGCUCAGCGUCUAGCAGAAGAAGACGAGGACGAAGAUCAACGGCAGGGAUCCGCUCACGACGACGACGCAGGUGAGAAUCAACGGCUGGUGUUUGGCUGGCAGCUGUCGCUGCACCAGAAGAAGCAACGGCCGAGAUCGAAAGCUGGAGGAAAAGGGGGAGGAAGGGAGUGUGAUGGGGAGGAGGAGAGCGAGGGAGGAGCGGUGGUGCUGAUGGGUUUGAAUGGCAGAGAGCUAGUAACAGCGCUUGUGGCAAUAGUAGGGAUUUUUCUCCUGAUACUGCUGCUGCUGUCAUGGUGUGGAGCAGGGGGAGCAGCGCAACAAGCAAGCAGUUCCCCUUCCCUGCCCCCUCCGAAUGAUUAA